AAUUUUAAAGAAUUGAAUCUAGACUUGAGAAUCAAGAGAACAUUUUCUUCUUCAUUUCUCGCAAUUUGCCAUGGACGCUCACCACGCAUCUUUAGGUCGACGAACGCUGGAAGAGAUUCGGCAAAAGAGAGCGGCGGAGAGAUUGAGCAAAGUUUCUUCCGGACCGGAUCUGAGUACAGCCUCCAAAUCAAAUGAAGCUUCUGGUAUUAGAAAAUCAGAGAGCGGAAGUCGAUUCUCAGAGAUCGAUGUGGGUAGUUUAGUAUCUCAGAUACAGGAUUUGCAGAAGAAGAAUGCGGAAUUAGAAGAAGAAAAGAAUGUCAUAAGCUCGAAGCUUCAGUCCAAGGAGGCUGAGAAUGGCAUGCUUCAAAAGCAAUUGAAUGAAUUGGAAACGAACACUGUACCUUCUUUAAGGAAAGCUCUCAAAGAUGUAGCCAUGGAGAAAGACGCAGCAGUUGUUGCCCGGGAGGAUCUGUUGGCUCAGCUCCGCACUUUAAGGAAACAAUUGAAGGAAGCAGAGGAGGAACAAUAUCGAGCGGAGGAAGAUGCUGCAGCCUUGAGAGCCGAAUUAAACUCAAUACAACAACAAGCAAUGAAUGGCUCUUUCGCCGGAACCACACCAACUGCUAAUCCAUUUGAUCAGAUGCACAAUUUAGAAAAGGAAAUAUCUAAACUAAAUUCUGAGUUGCAGAACAUGUCAAUCUUGAGGCAGCAGGAUCUACAAAAAUUAUCAGAGGAGCAAUCCCGUAUUUCAUCCCUCAUUUCUGAAAAGCAGGAACUUGAAGAAAAGCUUGCAAGUACAUCCAGAAAGGCCUCAGAAAUCUCAGAGAAGGCAGUGGAGAAGGCAUUUUCAGCUGAAGAUAAGAACAAGCUUGAGAAGCAGUUGCAUGACAUGGCUGUUGUGAUCGAGAGGUUGGAGAAUAGUAGACAGAAGCUUCUGAUGGAAAUUGAUUCACAAUCUUCUGAAAUAGAGAGGCUUUUUGAGGAAAACUCUACUCUAUCCAACUCUUACCAUGAGGCUGUGGGCAUAGGAGCACACUGGGAGAAUCAGGUGAAAGAUUGUCUAAAGCAAAAUGAAGCACUUCGCAGAGUUCUAGACGAGUUGAGAACAGAACAAGCGAACAGUCUGCCAUUGUCAUAUAGAGAUGGGGCAGUUGAGACCCAGACUCCUCCAUUAACAGCUGAACUUCUCUCCCUCAAGGGCCAACUUGCAAAAGAACAGAGCAGAGCAGAGUCACUAUCAGCAGAAGUAUUGGAGCUGUCAAGGCGACUCCAGCAGGCUACACAAGCAUAUAAUGGGCUCACACGCCACUAUAAGCCGGUGCUGCGGAACAUCGAAAGCAACCUUAUUAAAGUGAAGCAAGAUGGAUCUGUUGUAGUACGCUGAAUACAACAUAUGUCCUAGGAAAUUUGCAUGGAAACGCUUUGGUUAAAAAACGUGUCUGAAGUUGAACAUGCAUAGCGUGGAAGAGGUUCGAUGUAAGAUUUAUCAUAUGUCACAUAGUUGCAUUUUGUGAGAAAAAUUAUACGUACACCAACAGGCCCCUUUUGGGAGUGUUUUCUGUAGCUUUUUGGUAGAUUCCAAACCAAAGCUAUAGUACAAUCAUAUUCAUUUUGUUAUUGAAUUGAACAGAUCAUUCUUUUAAUGUUUUACACGUUCUAUUCCAUGGAAUUUGUUCCUUUUA